CGCCAUUAAAACGAAAGAAGAAGAGGAGUGGGCGCGAACAUGGCAGCCAAAGAAAGUGUAAACAUCGAUCAAGUAGAAGUGGAGAAGGUAGUUAACCGCUGGCUGGUGGAAUAUUACUUUUCUCUGAUGGUGGAGUUCUUCAAGAACCAACAGUAUGCGGAUUUUUGUGCUAGUAGAGAAGUGGUGGACGGUGUCCUUGAACGUCCCAUUGAAUCUGUUGAUGACAUACCCUUGAAGAUCAGAUUGUUGCAGUUCCUGUCUCGCAUAAACGAAGGAGAAAAACUUGAUUUGUGGUUUGAACCCGAUCAGUCCACAACGCCGCUGGAAUCGGCUCUAAACUUGCUGGAAAGUAUGAAGGCAAAUUUCCAAAUUCCUCAAGCUGAUUUCGACCAUGUAUCCACAUUACUUAAAGAGAUGAUCCUGGGGAUUUUCAUAAAGAAUGAAGUAUUUGAUAAGGCAAAAGCUGCACUCACUUUGUACUUUCCGAGUCCAGGGAAUGACAAGAGGGCCACAUUCAUGAGUCUCAUCUGUCAGAAGAGUAACACACACAAGGUCAUCGACCAAAUGAACUUCCCACAGUUUAGGAAGGAGAUGCUGUGUUUCUGCCAGAAGCUCUGCCCUUUUACUCUCUCUUUUAUUCACCAGGCUGCAUUGAACCUUGUUGAGUCACGAAUUGAAGUUCAACAUGAUGAAACACUGAGGAGCGACGAGCAAGACAAAGCCAGUUCCGAAGUAAACAACUUUCAGUUCAGAUCAAGAAGGUAUCCAUUCAUCCAGAAGAGCAGACUUGAAGUAGCCUACAAAGCCCUGGCUCAGUGCUUGGAUGAGAAAACAUUUUCUGACUUGGAGCAAGAAGUGGAGGAAGAAUCUCAGGAAAGCAUGUGCCUCUGCCUGGAGAGACACACUGUUUCUAUUCGAGGCACUACUCAGAGCUCAGAGCAAGAAGCCCUGUUUCAGAGAAAGUCAGUCAGCCCUCUGGAAGCUUCCCCAGCUGACCAGAUGACACAGACAGGCGCAGGGCGCCAAGCAGCAGCAGGGUCCCUCUCAAAGACUCUCUACACGGUGGCCCGGUUUGUGGUCGAGCCGGACAGCCAGCCGAGCUCGCAGUGCACAACAGCUGCCGAGGAGCUGGACGUCGAGACGAGGACAACGGAGUCUCCACAGAUGCCGUCUGCAUCAAAUAAAGAGGUGAACGGCCUGCAGUGCUCAGAUUCAGACAGACAACAUUCGAGGCCCAAAAGAAAGCUUCCCAGGGGGGGCAGCAAUACAGUGAGCAGAGCUUCAACUAGUUUGGUUGUAGACUCAUCAGACAGUGAAGAGGAAUCCCCUCAGAGUGGGAAAAAAGAACUGGAGCAGCUGAAUGAAUCAUCCAGCAAAAAAGCCAACAGAUCCAGAGAAGCGUCACAAAGCAAGGACGAGCAACAGGCGCAGACAAACGUCUCCAAAACUUCAAAGAAGCGACCGCUCAAAUGGAUAUCCAAGAGUUCUAAACAAUGUGACCCGAGCAGUGGAGAGCAUGUUUGUCUGUCAGACUCUUCGUUGGAUUCGUCGCCUGACGUGUCUGCUCCUCGCCCUGUUCCUCAGAAGAGCUCCACUCCUCACAAAGAUGCUCAAAGAAAGAUUCCCGUCAUACGACUUUGGAGAGAAGACCACAAAAAUAUAACGGAGGAAAAGGAGACGUGGACCGAUGAGGACUCCCUUUUCCCCUCCAUAAAGAACAGAGGAUCAGGAUCAAAUGAAAGCACAAUCUCACAUUCAGGACACAGAAGGAGAUGGACUGAGAGCGAAACGGAGAACUUAAUUCAAGGGGUCAGAAACUUUGGCGAGGGGAGCUGGAGUAAGAUAAAGGCGUACUAUACAUUCAACGAUCGCUCCAACGUGAACCUGAAAGACCGAUGGAGGACAUUGAAAAGGCAAAAAUUGGUUUAACUUUAUUUUGUUAAUUUUUUGGGGGGUUUUGUUUUUGUUAUUUAAUUCAGUUAUGUUCAGUCCAGAAAACUUUUAAAAGUUGUUUGAAUCAGAUGUUCCUGUUUAGUUGAGUUUUCUUUGAAACAAGCUGCAAAAAAAAAAACUGGAUUAAUUUGCCUAUUUCUUGCUAAAGGAGUCAUCCA